AUGGCUACGAUGAUGGAAUCACCGGCCACGGUGUACAGCGACAACCUGUACCCGGUGGCCAGCCGGAGCCAUAUGGUCAGCGGGUCGUCCCAAGGCCCGUUUGUCGAAUUCGCUCGAGCGCAUCCCAAAGGCGCCGUCCGUUUCCGCCCGUUCGAGCACGGCCUCGAUGCCACUGCGAGACGGUGUAUCGAGGAGUUCCAGAUUUACCCAUUCGAAAGCAUCGAGGAGUUUUGUCGACACAUCCCGUAUGCCAGCGGCAAGAAAGACUUCUUUGAAAAGACGGGCCGAGAAAGCUUCGAAGUCUUCCAAUAUGUCUUCAAGGUCCCCGGCGAUGACAAAGAGUACCACGUCAUGUGGGAUUACAACGUCGGCCUCGUUCGCAUGACCCCGUUCUUCAAGUGCUGCAAGUACAGCAAGACGACGCCGGCAAAAAUGCUCAACCUAAACCCGGGGCUCCGCGAAAUCACGCAUAGCAUCACCGGGGGUUCAAUCAUGGCCCAAGACUUCCCGUCCGAUUGCUUGCCUCCCCAGUCGUCCGACUUUGCACGCAUGGUUAUCGACCCAAUUCUUGUUGCAGAGGCAACUCGAGAGACGGAGCUCAUGCGACAGGACGUUAUUCAGGCCCUAGAAGAUGGGACCACGACGUCAACUUUCCAUCAGAGUCGGAUCCCACAGCCGCAUGGCGGCUCGCAAGGCACAUACCAGCGGCCAGAUAUCCAUUCCCGUCCUUCAAGUAUGCAUCGCCGAAUCCUACCACCGCCCGAAUCUCUGUACGUCCGCCACAUCGCCGACGCGCUCGAGGACGGAAGGCCACAACUCGCUCCAAUCAACUACUCGGCGCCGCAACAUGAUGACCUUCUCCUCCCGUCGCCUCAGGUGCGCUGGAGACCGAAAGUGGAGGAAACGCAAUCGUCGGUGCCGCGGGUCGGCAGUGCCCUUCAAGCGACUCUUUCGAAUUCGAAUCCCGGCUUCGAGCAUCGAAGGGGUGUCGCCGACAAUGGACACCAAGAUGGCGGCCAAACCCACUUUGCACCAUCGUACUGCUACCCAUCUCCGCCACGCAGACAACACGCUCAUCUACGCCAUUCCAGCGAGGACGAGAAGAAACCACACUCGGGACCCAUGCUCGUUCUUGUCAAGGACGAAGUGAAGUACGCGACGGCCCUAGAGACAGACAAGAAACCAAUAGGGCCAGUCGACAACCAAGGGCACGAUGCACAUUACCAUCCCCUACAGAAAACGCCAACCAAGCGCCGCAAAGCCAAGGUCAGUGGUGGUGUGGCGGGGCCAUCGUCGUCAUCUUCAUCCUGGAAUGCCACCGAUGUGGAUGCGGCCGAAGUGCUCGUCAACUUCAGUGUUAAGAUGCAGGCACCUGACACCUUCAAUGAUGGCCGCCGUCCAGACACAAAGAAGCCGAAAAACGACCCACGACUCAUCGCAAGCAUAGCAUCGCUCCUCCUUUUUCUCUUUAAAUUCACGCACCCACGACUCGGCCUGCUCCCUGGGCACGACAAAAACGCGAACAACCUCGUCAACAACUUCCACGCUCGCCUGCGCCAGGAUCUUGCCCAGCGCCAUCUUCUUGCCGACCUUGACCAGGCUGCCGGACAUCGUCUCCAUAUAGCAGUCAACGCCCGCCGGUGUCGCAUAGUCCUUGGCCGUCGUGUCCCACGGUACCGGCAGGAUGUACGCCAGGUGGUCGCCGAGGCUCUCCGUCUCGUUGAAGGCCUUGAUAAAGUCAGACUGCAGCGUCAGCGGGUACAGGAGCACCGUCGGGUAGCUGACCGUGCUCUUGGACACGUCGAGGUCGUACGUGCCGUCGUCCUCGGGCUCCAGCCGCACCGCGGCAUCCUCCAUCUCGGGCGGCUGCGCCGUCGUGCGCGUGCGCACACCACGCAGGCGCAGCACCGCCCGCAGGCGCUGUUUCUUGCGCGUCUCGCGCGCCACGCGCUCGUCCUCGCGGCGCUUGCGGGCCGCCACCAUCUCGGCGCGCGCGGCAAUGUCCUUGCUGAGGCGCAGCAGCGACGCGUUCUGGGGGUCGACGGCCAGGCCGCCCGCACAGGCCUCGUCGGCCUCGUCGGUCUUGUCGAGGGCCAGCAGCGCCUUGGCACUGCGGAACCAGGCCUUGGUGUUGGCCGAGUUGAGGCGCAGCGCGCAGCCGCAGUCGAGCGUGCACGACCGGUAGUUGCGCAGCUCCAGCUGGCAGGCGGCGCGGUUGCCGUACAGCUGGGCCAGCAGGGCGUGCUGCUGGGCGACCUGGUCCGGCGUGUCCGGGUCGUCGGGCAUCUUGCCGUCCUCGUCGGCCUCCAGCUUGGGCGCCUCGCCGCGGGCACGGCGCUUGUCUUCGGCAGUGAGGAGGGCAAUACCCUUGCCGUAGAACUCGCGGGCGUCGGCCCACUUGGACUCGCGGAAGCACUCGUUGCCGCGCUCCUUGAAAUCGCCGGCGUUCUCAAAGGGCGUGCCCUCGUAGGCAAGCGCCUGCAGCGCGGCGAUGUCGUCGUUGUCCUCGAGGUCGGUCAUGAAGAGGGGCGACUUGUUGAGCUCGGCGAGAAUCUCGUCCGCGGUCUUGCCACUUCUCCGGGCCCGCGACGGUUGGUUCUGAUGCCCCAUCUUGUGCCGGCCGUGAUGUGGAAGCAGCUGGCGCUGGCGCUGGCGCUGGUGCUGGUGCUGUCGAUGGUGCCGGCGCUGGCUCACAAAGGCAUUAGGAGGGGUCUGUGGAAAGAGCACUCAGACAACUCUGCCAUCGUCCUCGGAGGACUGGACAGUCGACGUGUGCAGGGUGGCCGGCGGCGUGCGGUCAACCGAGAAGCACUGCAGCGCACCGACCAGCGCGACAAGCGCAGCACCGUACCACGCCAGGGCGGUGCAGUCGAUGCGGCUGCCGACCGUGUACAGGUAACCCGCAAUGGGCGGGGCGACCAUGCGGCAGGCGGCGCCGGCGCUGGCGGCCAUGCCGUUGACUUUGCCGAGCACCGAGGGCGAAGGCGUGGCCUCCUUUACGAGGAUGAGCAGCAGCGGGUAGACCAGGAUGGCAAAGAGGUUGCGCAGGGCCAUGCAGGCGUAGAUGGCCGGGUACAGCCACGCGGCCGGCACGUACAGUAG